AUGGAUCUUCUUGACGAUGGCGGGAGCUCCUCCUCAUCUGGCGCCGACACACCUCGCCACGAGGUGGAUGGUGCUGAGGCGCGCUUGCGCCUCGACGUGGGGCAACGCCAUCCCAUGCCAGACAUCGUCGGGCAAUGCCUCGGGGAUGACAUCACGUGGAAAGGCUCCAAAACUCUUCGGAUCGCGACAAUCCAGUGUGGCAGCACGGGUCGAGAUCGAUUCCAGUGGGGCCUAUGGCAUGGUCAAGGUCUGCGCACCCUGGGGGCUGAUGUCGGAAUUCUGUCGGAAACUGCCCUCCAGGGAGAUGCACAACAUGCCCAGGCCUGCCAAGGCCUCCUCUCGUGCGGUUACCACGCUGUCAGUCACGGACGUCCUCGCAACGGCCCUGCAGACUAUGCAGCUGCUGGGUCAGGUGUCAUCCUCGCCGUCCGUUCAGGUUACUCGGGUAGCUGGACGGAUGUAGCCAAAGACCCAUCAGGUCGGGCUGUCUCGGCCGUCCUGCACACUAACAGUGGCAUUGAUGUUCGGUUUCUCGCGCUCUAUGGUCCUGUCGGUGCUUGUCUCCCACAAUUCGGCGUGGGAAGCCCGCAGCACAUUGCGGAUGAACAGGCCCUCAAAGACUUCAUAGACCAACAAGCGCACAAAGCCGGUGAGCUGCAACAGCUGCUUGUGGUCGGAGGUGACCUCAACUCCUUUGCCGAUGUUGAUUUGGACAGCUGGGGAGGACAUUAUCUCGUACGCCAGUCAAUAGCCUCCCACUGCGUCGCAUGUGGUCUUCAGGACAUGUUCAGGUCCCGUCAUCCCCGCCUGAGAGCUUUUACCUUCUACUCUCAAGCCGGCUCUGCCAGCCGUCUUGAUUCCAUAUGGUGGCUGCCCUGCCCACAAGUAGAAGUUCAGCUCCUCAACGCAGCCAUCCUUUGGCAGUGGGACCGUAGAGUUGACCAUGAUCCGGUGCUAGUGGACCUCGCAUUGCACCUGCCGGAGAUGGCGAUCUCCCAAUCUAUUACGCCACCGUGGCGCAGCUUAGUCCGUAGGCUGGAUGGGGAUCUUCCAACCUCCGUUGCAAUGAGAGCCGAGGAGCACUCACACCAAAUUGCCCAGCUUGCAGCUGAGUUAAACGCUCUCGAGUCCCAGUGGCAUACGAUUCAACAACCGGCUUCGGAAGGGUUGGACGGUUUCUUAGGGGCCCCAGCUCUCACGGUGCCUGAUUGUUUUCAGGACCGUUUAAUCGGUGGCGUGGAUGGUGUCAUGUCAGUGCUCCUUUCUUGCCUCCCCCCCGUGGCACCCCCUGUAAACAGGCGUGACUGCCUCGCUGCUGCGGCAUGGCAUGCGUGCCUCCUUGAACUCAAACGAGUCCGGCAGGCCAUCAGGGAUGCCAUCCCUCGCCUCGGCCACGACCUCAUCUUGUCGUGCUUCUCGCUUGACGAAGGGCACCGCCUCUGGCAAAAAGCUGCCGACAUGGAAGCCCACCUGCAAGCCUCGGAAACGUCGCGGCCCGAGUUCCCCCUUCCAGACUGGGACGGAUUCUCCACUGCUCGGGUUGCUUGGGCCACACGCCUUGGUUUUCCCCCUACCAUCGCCGCUCUAUCCGCCCCAACAACAGCACACCCCUCACGAACCCGCGAAACCCGCGCAGAUCCGGCUCCAUCAGCCCCGUCCUGGUCUUCACUCCCACCGUCCGCCCCUCCAGCUGGAGGCAUUCAACUCCUAGACAAUUGCAUCGCGUACGCCGCAAGCCGUCAAUCGGCGGCUACCCGAAGGAGCAUCCGCUCCUCUCGCCAACAACGCAUCUCUCUACUCAGGCGUGGCGAUUCCAAAGCCUGGGCCUCUCGCAUGAAACCGCCCUCCUUGCCACAGGCCCGGUAUUCUCCUGAGUGGGUGACUGCCGGUGACGGCUCACGCCAUCGCCCCGGCAGUGCUGCAGAUGUGCUAGUCGGGGCCACUCAGGAAUGGGCGAAGCUAUUGCAACAGCCGCCUCUAGCAUGGCAUCAUGCCUCCGUGAUGCCCUUCCUUGACUCCUACUGUCAACCACGCGGAGCCAUGCAUUUCGUCAACAUAGGCGAUGCGCCCACCGGUCAUGACACUCAACGCGUGGGACAAGCCCUCCUCUCACCUGGUCCUUGGCGUUUGGUGCACUUCCAGGCCGCCGAUGUAGGCUUCACUGUGGGCCUGGACUGCGUGCGGGUGGGGGAGUGGGUCCUAUGCUGGAGGCCAGACGGCUGGUAUGCAUCUCGUCCCCAGCCCUGCCCGGGCCGCCUCUUCCGUGUAAUGUCCUUGCGCGACAUCCCCGCAGCACACAUCACUCCAGAUCAUCUCAGCUGGCCUCCUCCUUCCAGUUUCCUGGUGAUGCGCAUUGCGGAGCCCCCGGCUUAUGACCUAGUGGGCCGCGCAUCUCCCGCGGAGACUGCAGCUCUCACUUCUCGCUUUCGUCACUCCCGCCCAGGGCCAAGCGGCUGGAAAUUGUGUUUCAUCGAGGCUUUUCCACGUGUCUUCCAAUCCGCGUUCUGGCACGCUGUGGAUUUGCAGCGCCUGACUGGUGUUGUCUCUGCUACUUUCCUGCGUGCAGACCAGCUCCACCUCCCUAAACCUUCCGGCGGAUGGCGCCCACUCUCCACGAUUGAGGAACACGUGAAAGCCAUCGAAGCCCCGGUCGUUGAAAGGUUGGCCCUGUCUCGCACUGGUUGGUCCACGGACACCCCCUUCUCCGUGUUGAAUCGGGCCUACACCAAGGGAGUGUCGGCUGCUACAGAAGUCCUCUACUUGGACUCGUUAGUGUGUGAGGACGCUCGUCGGCACCACCGUCCCCUUCUCCGCAUUCCUGCCGACUAUGAGAAGUUCUUUAACACUCUCAAUCUACCGCAAAUUGACGCUGUACAGCAAGGACGGGGUAUCCCGGAUGCAGUCCGCCGCCUCCAUUGCUCGCUGUUCGGCAAGCUAAGGGUUACGCUGGACACGCGUUCAGGCCCUACUCAGCCCCUCGAGGUCACCCGCGGUGUGCCGCAGGGUGCAGUCUCGUCGCCUGAACUUUCGCGGACUGCCCAAGACCCCUUGCUCCGCCUCCGGGCAUGUGACGGUGCUGCUUACACCACGAGCGCUGCCCGGCGUGUCCCUGCCGCUGGAUAUGUUGAUGACAUAGAGCACUAUGGGGAUGGCCUUCAGGAUCUGCCAGCCAUCCUGCAGUCUCUCGCUGUUGGUAGCGCUGCUACAGGUGUUGGUUUCGCUUGGUCCAAGUUCUCCGCUUUCGCGACGGACUGGGACGAUACCUUACCCCGUCUGCAACACCCAGGCUUGAACGCAGCAGGUGCGUCCGUAGCCAGUUGGAACAUCUGGGCCGGAGGCGUGCAGCGCUACAAUCUCCCUCGCUCCCAAGCCGACCAAGUAGACGUCCUACUCGGCAAGAGAGGCACACCAAUGGACCGGCAUUCCCUAGCUUCCCAAGACCUCGUUGACAAGCUUGCGGCAGUCCGACAGCGCAUCGCUUGCAAAUGUUGCUCAUGGGAUGAAGGGUUGGCCAUGAUCCAAAUGAUCAUUGGCGGGAUUCUUGGCUAUGCUCCGCUCAUAGGCAUACCGCCUCCUACAACGCUCCAUCAGGAGGAUGCAGCUCUGCACCGGCUGCUUCUGUCCAGUUUGGGCACUCGCAUCACUGCUGAGCACGUCAGCGUGUCAGCAUCGCGAAAAGUGGGUGGUUUAGGGGCUCCCCUGCUAACGGACCUUCUCGUAGCCGCAGUGGCAGCGGAUCUUGUUAGUUUGCUCAACGGCACGGCGCCUGCUUCUCUUGUGGCGCGAGACACCCUUCGUCAAGCCCUCGUAUGCUCGGCAGAGGAGCUGCCCAGACACGCUGGCACCCUAACCGAUGCCAUGAGGUUUCUAGCAGGGUAUGGUUUUUACGUUAGUUUUGCCACUGACCGGUUCGUGGCCCGUGUGCUAGACAACCUCAACACUGUAGUGCCGCAGUCACUAGUGGGCAGCUUCGUGCCCGCAAUGUUUGAUGCUGCUGCUCGUUAUUGUAGGUUUGGCUUGCUUGCUAACUCAAUACGCUCCGCCUGGAUGGAUAUCCUGCUCCAGCACGGCCCGCACGCGGCUUGGCACGACCCUGCCCUCUGGAGUCGCGCCUUGCCCCAGCACGCUCCCAUUUCUCCGGCUGAAUGUGCCAGAGCUGCCUCUCUUGCUUGUGCCCAGUCUCAACAAGACUGGACCACGGAGUGUUCCCUUUUCCACGUCACUCCUCCGGAUUACAUCGCCGAGCAGUGGUCAGAAGAAGCAUGGGAGGACCCAUGGAACUGGCGCUGCGACCCACGCUCCCGCCUGCUGCUGUCCAUCUUGCCGACACCCGCGGAUUCGGAUGACCAGGCUCUCUAUGGCGAUGGCGGCUACUCAAAGCUAUCCGGUGCCACUUUCGCUUGCCAAGCGCGUAGCUUCGGGCGGCUGGGGGGGUACUGGGACUCUUCAGCUUGGGUCUCCCCACAAUUAGCAUGCAAGCUCCCCCAUCGCCUCGGAUGGGAGUCCACCUCCAUCCACACCGCCGAACUGCUCUGCCUGGUUUGUGCGUUACGCUUUCGCCGUAAAGACCAGUGGCACCUCCUAGUUUUCGACCGCAGUGCUCUGUUUUCCACUAUGCGGGUCGCAGUCGCCGGUUCAGUUUCCAGACUUCUGUCCUCGCAGUGCUCUCCCUUGGUGGUGCUGCUCAAGCACGUUCUCGAAGAACUCCGGCACUCCUGGUCGGGCUCUGCACCCACACCUUCUUGGAAGCUGCAUCAGCAGCGCUUUCCUCACCAGUGGAAUAUCCAACUGCCGGUUGACGGCCGCCAGCGAGUAUUCUCUCAAAUUGCAUUCGCUGAAGAUGGUGUCGUAGGUGUAGACAUUCGUAGCCACCAGACGGCCACUUCACUUCCCUUCCCUGUGUUAACGCAGGGCAAUGAAGCACAGGAUGCGGGCUGUUCGGCGCAUACCCGCAGCACUGCGCCACCAGACGUGCGGUUGCCAACAGGCGGAUCCUUCGCAUGGGUUGACCUGGAUGGCCGCAUGGUUACUGGCCCCAUUCGCCAAUGCGUCCGCCAGGUGCAACGGGGUCAGAGUGAAGCCGCUUGGAGCGAGCGUCCCGUCCAGGGACUGUUGCCUCGAGUGGCCAACCAAGUAUUCACUCCCUCACUCGACCCGUCUCUUCACACUCAAUGCACCUUCCCCCCUGCGUGGUUGCGAUGGGCUCUUCCAGGCGACCCCCUCCUCAUAGACCUUUCAGCUGUUUCGUUUCGCUUGCACCGGGCCAUCGGUGGAGCCUGGACGGAAAGGCUCCAUGUUAGCCAGUCAGAAUCACUCACGGCAAACACAUGGGCGGAACAAGCAGGAUGGCCCCCUGCCCGCACAUGCCCACUGUGUGCAUCUGCGCCUGGCACUCCGAGGCACGCUAUCAUGGGGUGCCCAGCGCUAUCCCCCCUUGUCAACUCCCUACGGGAUGACAUUGAAGCGGAGCUCGCAGCGGGUGUAGGCCCGGAUGCUCACCAGCAAGCGGCGGCUCGGUGGAGAGCUUCGCUGCAGCACACACCAGGCGGUAUACCCGCUGACCCUGGCCCCGAAGCAUCGCGACGUUGGCCAAUCUUGACGGCUUGGCGCUGGUUCGUCUCCAUUCCGCAGCGUGAAACCGCGCUCUUCCAGGAUGUCAACGGCAGCAGUGCAACCGCAUGCUCUCGGGAGACGGGGUCCGAUCUUGCUUACCGCGGUAUCUUCCCAAAAGCUUUGGGCGCUGCUAUCUGCCACCUGUCCCCCCCCGAGUUGGAAGCGAUGGCCAAUCAAGAGCUGGAGCAAUAUGCCACCCUGCGGCAAUCGUCGGCUCUCCAGUCUGAGCUUCGCAUCCUGUCGGUGUCUAGGCGUAGGGCGCUCCCGGCCAUCCAAUUCACUCAGCGGCUUGUGCUAGGCUUGCGAUAUGUGCGGAGUGCCUAUCAGGUACGACUUUCGGCGUUCAUCCAUCUUGCAGGCAUAUCUCUCGCCGAUCCAACCCCUCCCGGAGAGGGGGAUCAAGCUCCACAUGCACAGAUCCACCCCCCUACUCGUGAUUUGCAGCGCUGGCUAGCGGCUAGCAUCUCCUCCAGGCAUUGCUCUCGUGCGAGAAAUCCGCUGGGCUCUCCAUCCUUGUGA